GGAAGGGGCGGGGCGAGGGACGGAAGUUCGUCAUCUUUUCGGGGCGUGGUAUCCUCAGUGAAAGACCCGAGGCCUCCUCAUCCCCGCCUCGAUUAGAAGCCGGCCGGCGAGUGAGAAGGAAGGUCGGAAAUAUUCAGAGUGACCAUGGCAUCCCCCACAGAAAAAGUCUUUCCGGCUUAUGAAGAAACAGCUGGUUCGAAACUGCUCCGAAAAUCGAAGGAAAUGCCCUUCGUCCCCAUCGGUCUGGCGGGCUGUUUCACCCUGGCCGCCUACGGCAUCUACCGGGUGAAGUCCCGAGGAGAGACCAAAAUGUCCAUCCACCUGAUCCACACACGGAUGGCCGCCCAGGGCUUUGUGGUGGGCAGCAUCGUUUGUGGCGUGGUCUAUUCCAUGAUCCGGGAUUACGUCUGGAAGCCUCAGUCAAAGUCUUCGGAAACCCGUUGAAGCUCUCCAGUUCCUCGUGCCGUAGGGAUAGUUUUCCACACUGCGGUGAAGGGAAAAAAGAACAACGAAUUUAAUUCUAAUUUUAUACCUCUUCCACACACAUCCUUCCCUGCCGCCAAGAUUUCCUUUGGGUGUCAAAAAAAUCCCUUAUUUUUUAUUUUAUUUUAUUUUCGUUUGCACAAAACCACGGAUUGAGUUUUGUUCCUUCGCUGCCAUUUCGACCAUCCGCGUCGGCACUAUGUGAGACCCAGGCAAUUCCAGUUUUUUCUCUUUUGCAGACAACCUUUUGGGGAAAAAAAUUUUUAAAUUGUGACACUCUCCAUUGUGUGUAUCUUCCCCAAAAAAUCGAGAUAUUUUUCCCUGCUUCCUUCAGAAAUGAAUUUAGACCACAAAUCAUCAAACUGCCGACAAAAAAUUUGCUUUUUAAAUCCAUUUCUGGGGAAGGUUGUGAUGAGUUGUGGUGUUAUUGUCGCUUGAGAUCCUGUCGCCCUCCUGUUAAAUGUGCUUUUUUUGGGACACUGGUGCCCAUGCACACCAGAAAAAGCACAACAUUGUGACUGAGAGAGAAAUGAGGGAGCAUUCUAACACUUCAGCUGUCUAUCAAGUUAUUCACAAUUGUAUUUAUUACACUUUAUUAAAACCGUAGAUGUUUAAAUUAUUUAGCAAAAAUAUAUGUGUAUGACCUUAAUAUUUUCAUUCGUCCAGUCUGCGUGUGUGUGUGUGUGUGUGUGUGUGUAAAAAUAGGCUAUUUUUUUUUCUUAGAUAAGUUUUUUAAAAAAGCAAAAUGGAAGCAGAGACGUUGCCGUUUUUAUGUGGGUCCAGCAGGCAGAGAAACUUCCCUGCAAUGCACAAAAAAAAAGCGUUACACAAAGUCACAACUGCAGUCGUAUUUCGGCUGUAACUUUGAGGACCUCCAUGUGCAUAUAUUGCUUUUUUUAAAAAAAGUAUUUUUUGGUAUAGACGAUGUUUUACACGGAAGAAUUGUUGAAUUGCAUUACACUUCAGUUGUGUUAUGCUUCAGUUGUGCGUUCCGUGUUUUUGUGCAGGCUAAAACAUCUGCCUCUUUCUCCCAAUUCUGCUUGGGAAGGGAUUGUGACUUACACAAAGUGUGGCUGGGCACAAUGGGCUACACAAAUGCUAUCACACAGAGAGGCCUCGAGUUACGACUGUCAUCGAGUCUGGCAAUUCCAGUUGUAUCUCGAGCAGGCCAGGCACGACGGACUAGAAAAUCUUCUCCUCUUUUAAAUUUAAAUUUUAAAUACAAAUUUUAAUCUGUUUAAUUAUGGGAUAUUUUAAAAUUCAGCCAAAUUAUUUAAUUCGUUUUAAUCUAUUUUAAAUUUUGUAUCUCUGUGUUUUAUCUUCUGGCUGUUCACCGCCCUGAGUCCUUCGGGAGAAGGGCGGUAUAGAAAUUUAAUAAAAUAAAUAAAUAAAUAAAUAAAUAAAUAGAAAACCCCCCUAAAAUACAUCUAGUCCUCACUUAACAACCAUCGCUGAGUUUGGUGAUUCCCGUUGUGAUUCAUGACUUGUUAUUCAAAGAAUCCUUAAAAAAUCUGACCCGAUUUCAUCGAAUAUUUUUUUUUGUGGUGGUCAUUAAGUGAACACCCUGUCAUUAAGCAAAGCCACAUUUUUGGGGGCGGAACUGUGGGUUCACUUCAUUUUUUUUUUUUUUUUUUCAAUUUUUGAAAUUGGAACUGCUGCUUUUCUGAGGAAAAAAUGUAUAUCGCAAACCACUUGAAUGCAGUGAGGACGGACGACGGAAUUGCGGGUUGGUUUGGGCUGGGAACCGUCGUAAGCCGAGGGCUUCCUGGCUGGGGUUUGGAUGGCUCCUUUAGUAAAUAUUCUAACCCUGGAUGUACGCCCUACUAUCUCACAAUCUUCAUCCCAGAAGCCGAUUUUGUAAAAAAAAUACCUUGUCCGUUCUCCGUUUCGUGCCUGUUGCUUGUGGCGUCCUGAGUUCGAAUCCUGAUGCCAAACCCCCUUGUGAGUUCAACGCUAAUCCUGAUUUUAUAUUAAACGGUGUACGUAACAAUGACGGGA